AUGCAAUCUUUAAAGAGAAGUUUCAAGAGUGUUACAGGAAGCUUAAAGAGGUUGAAAACCAUCGAAAACUGGAGGAAGACGAUUCUUUUAGUCUGUGUCGUUGCUUUAGGUAUCGACCCUUUGUUUCUCUUCAUCCCUGAGAUUGAUUCUCCAAGAUUCUGCUUCUCUUUCGACAAGAAGCUUGCAGCAGCAGUUUCUGUCCUGCGUACCGUCAUCGACACGUUCUAUCUGAUUCACAUCAUUUUUUAUUGCAUCACCGAGCUCAUUGCUCCUCGCUCUCAAGUAUCUCAUAGAGGCGAGCUAAUCCUCCAUUCUAAGCCUACAAGGAGAAAACAACUCUUCUUCUUCUUCCACUUGGCUAUUGACAUUCUUUCUCUUCUCCCCAUUCCUCAGGUUGUGGUUCUGACUCUGAUUAAACGGUCAGACUCGCUGGUGUCAAAGGGGAUAAUGAAAUGGAUUAUACUUAGUCAAUACAUACCAAGAAUCGUUAGAAUCUAUCCACUUGUCAAGGAAGUGACUAGAGCCUCUGGCACGGUAUCGGAAACAAAGUGGAUCGGAGCUGGUUUCAACCUAUUCCUCUACAUGCUCCACAGCUAUGUGUUUGGAGCGUUCUGGUACGUGAGUGCAGUGGAGAAGAGAAACAAAUGCUGGCGUGAAGCGUGUGCUAAGAUACCAGGAUGCGAUCUCAGGAACCAGUACUGUGGUGCAGAAGGUGGAGGAAGCAACGGUGUCUAUCUCAACACUUCUUGCCCAUUGAUCGACCCUGAACAGAUCACAAACUCAACGGUAUUCAACUUUGGCAUGUACAUUGAUGCAAUGAAUUCAGGUAUCGUUGAGGUAAAGCCUAGAGAUUUCCCAAGGAAGUUCUUCUACUGCUUUUGGUGGGGUCUCCGUAAUAUUAGUGCUUUGGGACAAAGCCUCAAGACAAGUAACUCUGUAGGGGAUAUCGUUUUUGCUCUCAUCAUAUGCGUCUCUGGUUUACUCUUGUUUGCUGUUCUCAUUGGAAACGUUCAGAAGUAUUUGCAAUCAAGUACUAUAAGAGUGGAUGAAAUGGAAGAGAAGAAGAGAGACACAGAGAAAUGGAUGUCUAAUCGGAUGCUACCAGAGUAUCUCAAGGAAAGCAUUAGAAGACAUGAGCAUUACAAAUGGCGAAAAACUAGAGGCAUUGAAGAGGAAGCUCUUCUUCUCAGCCUUCCUAAAGACCUCAGGCUCCAAACCAAAAACCAUCUUUACAUGUCUCUCUUAAACAAUGUUCCUUGGCUCAACAUGAUGAAUGAUAGUUGGCUGCUAGAGGCACUCUGCGACCGCGUGAAGUCUGUGUUCUAUUCAGCGAAUGACUACAUAGUGAGAGAAGGUGAUCCUGUUGGGGAGAUGCUGAUUGUAACGAGAGGCAGUCUCAAAAGUAUGAGCAUAUGUAGUGAAACAAGUGGCCACUACUACGAUAACUCUUACCUCAAAGAAGGUGACGUAUGUGGAGAUCUUCUCUUUUGGGUUCUUGAUCCACAUCGUUCUUCGUCCCUUCCCAUCUCAAACAGAACAGUCUUGACUUUAACCGAUGUUGAAGGAUUUGUUCUCUUGCCUGAUGAUCUCAAGUUUGUAGCUUCUCAUUUAAACCGCUUUCAUAGCAUGAGGCUCGUACACAUGUUCAGGUUCUAUUCAGUGCGUUGGAGAUCAUGGGCGGCAUGUUUCAUACAAGCAGCAUGGAGAGGACAUUUCAGAAGGAAUCAGCUUUCUAAGAUCUUGAUGGCUAAAAGAGAACAUCAGAGAACUCCACAACUCAAGCUUGGAGCAGCUGUCAAUGUGUCGAGGUUUGUGUCCAAAGCAUUGAGAAAUCGACGGGGAAGCACGUCAGAUUGUUCUAGCUCAACACGUAUGUUACCUCACAAACCAGCUGAUCCUGACUUUUCAAAGGAGGAGUCACAUAGUGUUUGA